AUGGCCCCUCGGCCGCGACAAUCAUCAGGAUCACUGCAAUCCCCGUCUAGGCCCCCUGAAUCUCAGAUCGAAGUACUCUACAACACAGCAGUCCAGUCCUUUGUACGACGAGACCAUGUCAAGACGCAAGCGAUACUUUCGAGACUAUUAGAUUUGCUUAGGCAAAAGGCCGGUGGACAGAGAACCUUGUGGUACGAGCUGGAUACAAUCCAUGAGAUAGCAAAUGAUCAAGAUGGAUACGAUGACUGGACCAUCAAAACCCUCAAACUAUCAAUCUCAUCCUUUGCUUCACUAUAUACCGAUCCCCCUCCAACACUUUCGACGUUGCCAGAUGUUAUCAGCAACCUGUUACCUCCUGCAGCUCCAGAUAGGGUUUUGAGAUAUCUAUACAGUCUAUGUGAAGCCCACUCGCUCUCCCCUAUACCGGCGUUGCUUCCACCUCAAUUGGUAUCCACGCUCAUCCUCGCUUCUCUCAAAUUACGUCCAUCGUCCUCAUCAUUAAAUUUCGCGCAUCAAUUAUCCGAGGAAUGGAUCGCUGCGUUACCGGAUCAUUUCAUCUUCUCUAUCUCGAUGCAAAGUGAUAUUAAAGACGCUAAGAUGAAGAGAAAGUUAGAAAGUGCUAGAGAAGGAUAUCUGAAGGUGGUCGAGCUUUUUGUUGGUGAAGUUCUGAGUAGGGAGGGGGAAUGGGAAAUGGCAAGGGGAUUUUUGGAUGGGGAAAAUGUCAUGGGAUCGAAACGCAAGGAGGCACUGUUCAAACAUGUACGAAUCAUCCAAAUGACCCCUUCACAACCUCUGCCUACCCCAUCACCAUCCUCCUCGCUCGUGCUUCCUUCAUCGAGCGUAUCCUCCUCCUCCAAAUCACGUACGGCUUCGCGAGCAACGCGCUCGCGAUCAGGCAGUGCCAGUUCAUCAUCCAGUUCCAGCGAACGUACAGCCCGGCCUAAUCAACCGCAACUGGGAAUGCAGGGUCAUAAACGUAAAGCUCCAACCAAGAGCUCAGAUGAUAGUAAAGGGAAGGGGAAGGUCAUGGAUCAAUCUGCGUCGCAUGUGGAUAGCUCCUUGUCGUCAACACCUACUACAGGUGGUCAAGGCUCCGGUCACAUUCCGUCAAGAGGCGCCAUGCAUGUCGAAUCAACCGUCAAGCAUCUGAUCAAUUCAACCUUGUCGAUCCUGCCAACCCAAUGGAGUAAGCGUGUAAAAUCGUUGCUAAACGGCCGAAUGCAUUAUAUUCUUGGUUUGCCUAUUCCCUUUUUCCUGCUGGCGAUGUUCCUGAUUCGAUUUCAACGUAACUCAACGCCCACAACCGUUCACGGAUCUACCGCAAGCAGUAUCGACCGAGUGAAAAGGAAAUUGAGGCUUGCAAGGGUCCAGCAGGGAGGAUUGUGGGAUUGGAUCAGGUUCUAUUUGCGUUGGUGGACAGCUAAAUUCGUCGGUAUUUGGACUCUGGGAACGACGAUCACAUAUGUGUAA